AUGGCAACUUCGAGUCGUACGAGCGUAGCGCUUCCCGAGACCUUUUCAAAAAAAAAAAAAAAAAAAAGAUGGGGAUAUUGUUUUAUGGCUGCGAAAGUUCGAGCUUUCGGUUCGAUCGCAAACGACUGGAAAGAUACCGACACGUUAAAAAGGUUACCGACACUUUUGUCUGGUAAGCACUUCGCAGUUUUUGAGCGUCUCGCAGCAGAGGCCAAAGAAGAUUAUAAAACCCUUACGAAAGAUUUAACGACGGCGUUUGGCGGAGAUACAACGGGCAAACAUAUUGCAAUGAUGGCGUUUCGCAGUCGAACGAGAAAGCCAGGCGAAGACAUACAAGCGUUCGCCUACAAUUUAGAGGCACUGUUAAGGCGCGCAAUGCCAAAAAUCGAAAACGGACACAGAGAUGUCCUACUCCAGCAACAAUUUAUCGAAGGAGUACCCGCAGAACUAAAAAGGAACGACCAAGCAUGUCCUAUGAAGAAACGGUUGUGGUUGCCCAGCAACUAG